AUGGGCAAGAAGAGAAAGGCCGGCGGUCGCCCUGCGGCACCGAAGGCUCCAGCCUUGGAGCAGUCCAAGUUCCACAUUGAAGAGCGAUUCGACGACUCCGAGGAUGACUUCCAAGCCGGCCGGGAUCACAUCCUGCUGGAAGAAGGCCCCGAGGCAAAAAGACGGCGGAGAGUCGCAGAGGAAGAGGAGUUGCUCCAGCCCUCGGACGAGGAAAUCUUAGGCUACGACGAGGACGAGGACGAAGACGAUCUUGAGAACGCCGAGGAAUAUGAGGAUGACGAAGAUGAGAUGGGCAAGCCCCGACGGGAUGCCGAAUCAGAUGAGGAGGAGGACGGGAUUGCGGCUUGGGGCUCGUCGAAAAAGGACCUUUACAACGCAGAUCAGAUCGAGACCGAGAUCGAUGCGCUGGAGGAAGAGCAGGAGGCCAAGCGGUUACAGCAGAAACACUUGGAGGCCAUGACCGAAGCCGACUUUGGCUUCGAUGAAUCCGAAUGGAUGGAUACUGGCAAAGGGCCUGACGAGGAGGCCGAGGAGGCCGAAGCAGUCACUGAGGUGCUGCCUCAGCUGCAAAUCACAGAUGACAUGGGGAAGAAGGAGAAGUUGAAAAUCCUGAACUCGCGGUACCCCGAAUUGGAGCCCUUGGCGAAGGAUUUUACCCAACUUCAAUCUGUCUACCGGUCUCUGCAAAAGGCUGCUUCCAAGGCCGCAGCAGCGGAACCCGAGUCUACUGAGGAGCCCCAGCCAGCGCCGGUGGCUGUGGUGAAACUGCGUGCUUUGUCUGCAUACCUGGGCACGAUUAGCAUGUACUUUAUGCUCCUUGCAUCUCCAGUCCCAGACACGACCAGCGAGCAUGUUCCGAUGUCGCCCGCUGAGCUACGGGAGCAUCCCGUGAUGCGCUCUCUUGUUCAAUUCCGGAAGCUCUGGGAGUCUGUCAAGGAUUUCGAAAUCCCCGAGGUUUCCAAGACGCAAAUCACGAAGAAGCUCUCGAAGGAGGUCCAACCAGCCGUCAAACUUGAACAGAAGAAGACCAAGGAAACGAAGGAGUCCAAGCAGCAGAAGAAGCUGAGCAAGGCACAGCGGGCUGCCGAGGCAGCACAGGUGGAGGCCGAAGCGCGCCGCGCCGAGCGUCUGCGUGAAACCGAAGCCGGCCUGGCCGAUCUCUCGAAUCUGGUUACCGAGCCUACACGGAAACGCAAGACCCAGAAGACGAAGACAACAGCUAAGGGCGAGGACGAUUCUGACUUUGGCGACGAAGAUGCCCUGACGACCCGGGAGGCAGAGGAGAAGGCGAAGCAGAAGCGCUCGCUCCGCUUCUACACCUCCCAGCUAGCCCAGAAGGCCAACAAGCGGCAUGCCGCCGGCCUGGAUGCAGGCGGUGACGCAGAUAUUCCGCACCGCGAGCGCCUGAAGGACCGACAGGCACGCCUGAUCGCCGACGCCGUGAAACGCGGCCGCCAACGGCCUGACGUCGGCGAAGAGCUCGGCGGCGAUAGCGACGAGGAAGACCACCGCAUGGCCAAGGAACUCCGCCAUGGUGACAACCAGUCCGGCGCCCACGAUGACGAAUACUACGAUAUGGUUUCCGCGCGGACAAAUCAGCGCAAGGACGACAAGAAGGCCCGCGCAGACGCCUAUGCUGCUGCUGCCCGCGAGGGCGGACAUGUCGAGGUGCAAGAGUCGGUUGGGCCGGAUGGCAAACGCGCUAUUACGUACCAAAUCGAGAAGAACAAGGGUCUCGCGCCGCGGCGGAAGAAGGACGUGCGCAACCCUCGUGUCAAGAAGCGGAAGAAGUACGAUGAGAAGAAGAAGAAGUUGGGCAGCAUUCGCCAGAUCUAUAAGGGUGGUGAGGGCCGUGGUGGCUAUGGUGGUGAACUGACGGGUAUCAAGAAGAACUUGGUCAAGAGUGUCAAGCUGUGA